CGGCGGCGCUUUCUCAGGACUGUCAUGUUGGCAGGAAGUGGCGCUGGAGCAGGAAGUCGAGUGGCCGGAAUCCCGUGCCGGAGGGGAGCCGGUCUUGGCCGUCGUCUGCGACGUCGCCCUCUUUUCUUUCUGCCCCCGGGGGAUCCUUGCUUUUCCCUUCGCCCCGGGCUAAGUACAGUAGCCUUCCGUCAGCACAAGACCCUCGUCCCCGCUUCCUCCUCCGCCUCCGCCCCCACACGCGACAGAGGCUUCAGGGAUGCUGAAGAAGUUUGAUAAGAAGGAUGAGGAAUCGGGUGGAGGUUCCAAUCCAUUCCAGAACUUGGAGAAAAGUGCAGUGCUGCAGGAAGCACGAGUAUUCAACGAGACACCCAUAAACCCUCGGAAAUGUGCUCAUAUCCUUACCAAGAUUUUGUACCUCAUAAACCAGGGAGAGCACCUUGGUGUGAUGGAAGCCACAGAAUCCUUCUUUGCAAUGACCAAGCUGUUCCAGUCCAAUGACCCAAUUCUCCGCAGAAUGUGUUACCUGACGAUCAAAGAGAUGUCCAGCAUCUCAGAGGAUGUCAUCAUUGUGACUAGCAGUUUAACCAAAGAUAUGACUGGGAAAGAUGACAAUUAUCGAGGCCCUGCGGUGCGAGCCCUAUGCCAGAUUACAGAUACUACCAUGCUGCAAGCCAUUGAACGCUACAUGAAGCAGGCGAUUGUGGAUAAGGUGUCCAGUGUAUCCAGUUCUGCCCUCGUGUCAUCUUUGCAUCUUCUGAAGACCAGCUUUGAUGUAGUGAAGCGCUGGGUGAAUGAGGCUCAGGAAGCAGCGUCAAGUGACAAUAUCAUGGUCCAAUAUCAUGCCCUUGGCUUGCUGUAUCACAUACGCAAGAACGACCGCUUGGCUGUUAACAAGAUGCUGAACAAGUUCAUGCGCCAUGGUUUAAAAUCACCCUUUGCCUAUUGCCUGAUGAUCCGUGUGGCCAGCAAACUCCUGGAAGAAGCUGAUGGCCACGAGAGCCCGCUGUUCGAUUUCAUUGAGAGCUGCUUAAGGAACAAGCAUGAGAUGGUGGUCUACGAAGCGGCAUCUGCCAUUGUGAACUUGCCCGGCUGCUCUGCCAAAGAACUGGCCCCUGCCGUGUCCGUGCUGCAGCUGUUCUGCAGUUCCCCCAAAGCUGCCCUUCGAUACGCAGCAGUUCGAACUCUCAACAAGGUUGCAAUGAAGCACCCUUCUGCCGUGACCGCUUGUAAUCUUGAUCUGGAGAACUUAGUGACAGACUCCAACCGCAGCAUUGCUACCCUGGCCAUCACAACUCUGUUGAAAACUGGCAGUGAGAGCAGCAUCGACCGGCUCAUGAAACAGAUCUCCACCUUCAUGUCUGAAAUUUCGGAUGAGUUCAAGGUCGUGGUGGUCCAGGCUAUCAGCACCCUCUGUCAGAAGUAUCCCCGCAAGCAUACAGUCCUCAUGAAUUUCCUUUUCACCAUGCUUCGGGAGGAGGGGGGCUUUGAGUACAAGCGGGCCAUCGUUGAAUGUAUCAUCAGCAUCAUUGAGGAGAACUCAGAGAGCAAGGAAGCCGGCCUCUCCCAUCUAUGCGAGUUCAUUGAGGACUGCGAAUUCACGGUCUUGGCUACCCGUAUUCUCCAUUUGCUGGGCCAGGAAGGCCCCAAGACCAACAACCCUUCCAAAUACAUCCGUUUCAUUUACAACAGAGUUGUCUUGGAACAUGAAGAAGUCCGGGCAGGUGCGGUGAGUGCUCUGGCUAAAUUUGGAGCUCAGAAUGAAGAGAUGCUGCCCAGCAUCCUAGUUUUGCUGAAGAGGUGUGUGAUGGAUGAUGACAAUGAAGUGAGAGACAGGGCCACCUUCUACCUGAGCGUCUUGGAGCAGAAGCAAAAGGCCCUCAAUGCUGGCUACAUUUUGAAUGGAUUGACAGUCUCCAUCCCUGGCCUGGAGAGGGCACUGCAUCAAUAUACCUUGGAGCCCUCUGAGAAACCUUUUGACCUCAAGUCUGUUCCCUUGGCAACUGCCCCCCUCAUGGAACAAAGGACAGCAGAAAAUGCUCCUAUCUCUGCAGUUAAGCAGCCAGAGAAAGUGGCAGCAACUCGGCAAGAAAUAUUCCAAGAGCAACUGGCCGCUAUCCCUGAAUUCCAGGGACUGGGUCCACUAUUUAAGUCCUCUCCUGAAGCAAUGGCACUUACAGAGUUGGAGACAGAGUAUGUGGUCCAUUGUACCAAACAUACGUUCACCAACCACAUGAUAUUCCAGUUUGACUGCACAAACACCCUGAAUGAUCAGAUCCUGGAAAAUGUCACAGUGCAGAUGGAGCCAACUGAAGGCUAUGAGGUCCUUGGAUGCAUACCAGCCAAAACAUUGCUAUACAACCAACCCGGCACUUGCUACACAUUGAUUGCAUUCCCUGAAGAGGACCCAACAGCAGUGGCCUGUACAUUCAGCUGUAUGAUGAAGUUCACUGUCAAGGACUGUGACCCAAACACUGGUGAAGCUGAGGAAGAGGGCUACGAGGAUGAAUAUGUGCUAGAAGACAUUGAGGUAACCAUAGCAGACCACAUUCAAAAGGUUCUGAAACCAAAUUUUGGAGCUGCCUGGGAAGAAGUUGGUGAUGAGUUUGAAAAAGAAGAAACUUUCACGUUGUCCACUGUUAAGACACUGGAAGAGGCAGUAGGCAACAUUGUGAAGUUCCUAGGGAUGCAGCCCUGUGAGCGGUCAGAUAAAGUGCCUGAAAACAAGAACUCUCAUACCUUAUAUCUGGCAGGUGUCUUCCGGGGUGGUCAUGAUCUCUUGGUUCGUUCUCGCCUUGUCCUGACAGACACUGUGACAAUGCAAGUGACAGCACGGAGUGGAGAAGAACUUCCUGUAGAUGUCGUCAUGGCUUCUGUUGGCUAAACACAUUUGAAGACUUGGUAUUUGAAACGUCAGAGUGGAAGGAGGCUGUUGGGAACUUCUUUCCAUACUUCUGGACAUUGAGAGAAGCAUUAGACCACUGGCACCAGCUCUUUUUCUAAUUAGGAAACGAAAUAGUUGGGUAGGUUUUAAAACCAUGAGGGUGUUUGUAUGGCAUGAAGAGAGGAUUUAUGAAAUACUGAAUAGCCAGCUUUUUCAAGAUCUCCAGACUGCUUUAAAACAGCAGUUGUCCCUUUUCAUAUGACACUGCAGGGCUCCAUUCCUCAAGGAUAAUAAUUUGUUUAUACUGUGUCACAUCCUUUCUGUGACUGGUGAGAGCCUUUACAAUUACAGCAAUUUCUAUAUGUGUUUAUGAUUGUUUUUUAAAAACGGAUUACAGAAAUAAAAGCAUUUCCUAGUCUCAGUAAUGAAAAAAACCCUGUCAACUGGAAACUAAUCUUCGCUAGGUGGAUUUCUCAAGAAUCCAAAAAGAAGCAAGUGGUGGUAUCUCUUCAUCACACUAGGCUGAAAAGACAGCCACAAAGUGCAGAUCUCAUCAACCUAUAUAAUUUUUCCUAUCAGCUUUGGCUGACGCUUUCCUUUCAAGUAUUCAGUGCCAGUUUAUCUUGAGUUACAAAGCAAAGUUACAUACAAAAUGGGUAGGAAACCUCAUAGCAUUUUGCCAUUAAAGAGCUGCUUCUGGAGGUGCUGACCCAACAGCAAGAAAAAGAAAAAAAGAAAAAAAA